AUUUUUUUAUAUGAUGAUAACAAUUUUGGUGGAUAUUCAACACACAUAUAAGUUGCUGAAAGAAUGGUUUUUAGAAUUCCAGAGGGUAAUAUAAAAUUUAUAUGAUUGUUUAGGAUUUAAUGAUGCAUUAGGUUCUCCUUUAUUGUGUGCUGGUAUAACUGUUUAUGCUCCAUUAAAAAGAUAUUAUAAACCUAAUUUUUCAUGUGCUGUUAUAGGUAUUGGUGGAUUAGGACAUUUGGCUGUUUAAUAUGCAGCAAAAUUAGGAAUGACUGUCACAGCUUUUACAACAAGCAAAAAUAGAGAAUAAGAAAUAAAAAGAUUAGGUGCUUCAAAUUUGUCCAGUUCUAUUAAUGUAGAGAGUUUGAAAACUGAAUAAGGAAAAUAUGAUAUUGUUAUUAAUACUCUUUACAUUGAAGAUGAAGAAGUUUUCAAAAGCCAUUAAAGAUUAACAGCCCCAACAGGUACAUACAUCUAAGUUGGAGCUCCUCCUUCAAAGGUUAAUUUCAAAUUAGAUCAUGCCUAUAUCAUUUUAAAUUAAAUCAGAGUUGCUGGUUCAUUAAUUGGUAAUUAUGAUGAAACAUAAGUAUUAUAAUUUUAAAAUAUCUUAGGAAAUGCUUGAAUUUUCUGCCUAAAAUAAUGUUUAUCCAAUUGUGGAGACAUUUGAAUUUGAAGAUUUCCCAAAAGCUUUUGAUAGAAUGGAAAAAGCAUAAGCCAAAUUCAGAUGUGUUGUUAAUGUUGGAAAAUGGGCUUAAGCUAAUGGUUUAUGGAAAUGAG